UCUACGAUGGAUAACAAUUCCUGCCAAAAUUUUUCAUUCGGCUCAACAUCCAGCUCUGAUUUUGGGCUACCACCACCUUGUGUUACCAAGAAGAAAAAACCAGAUAAGAUUAUUGUUGAGCAGGAAGCGUCGCCACAAUGCUCGCAGGUAAUUACCUCGACAUCAUCGUCCUCCUCGACAACCAUAUCGAUGGGGGCAUUCGACUCCGAUUGCCAUUUCAACAAAGCCCUAGUUAAAGAGCCUCCAAAUAUUGACUAUGAACUGAAUGUGGCCAAGGCUAUAAUGCAGCAGUACAGCACAUUAAGUGGCGAUAACUUAUUUGAUCACUUGAGCGACAUUAUCAAGCGGGUUAUCGAUGAACGCCCUCCGAAUGUGAUUGAUUUUUUUGAAGAAUUCAGCAGAAAUGUACGCGAACAGAAAUUUCAUUUGCCCGAGCGUUUUCCUCCCAAUGGAAUAUUUGAUGAAGUUCGCACCUUCAGGGUCGCAAGGCAGAUUCUCCAAUCAAUGCAGCUCCCAUACAACAUUGAGGGCGAAGACUUGGCAGGAGCAGAAGAUUUAUAUGGCGAAGAUGGAAAAGCAAUCGACGACGAAGAGCUUAGGAUCGUCAUCGACGAUUCCAUGCGUCUGUUCGUUACAUUCAACGAACGCGUUCAGCAACUGCAGUUUUACUGGAAUCAGUGCGGCUUCAGCAUAAGCAAUGAUGACAUCUUCCAGUUGGCUUGCGCCAUGAACCGAUUGCAGACACAUUCCUCCAUAAUGCAGUGCCGCUUUUGGGGCUGCAUUAAUGGGUUGAAGGCUUCCUACUAUAUUGUGGAGGCUACGCUCACUCGCGAGGAAAUACAAUCGCGUAUGGCGAUGAUGGCGGACGAGCUGCGGGAGAAGCAGCUGCCACUCAAGAUGCGGCACGACAGAGAGGAGAAACCAUUGCCGCCGCACAUUGGUCCAGAGCUCACUCCAGGAGUCUACGGUUGGGAAAAUUACCCCAUUGAAGAACUAGAGAUCAUGAAGCCAAAAGCUCCAGAUGUCCCGCUGGUUGAGGAAAUUGAGUUCUACGAUAUACCACCAGAGUACAUCGGAGUUGGUUGCAAUCGCUAUUCGUACUUUGUGGUGAAUUCCUUAUACGAUGAUUGGAUUGAGCUACCCAUUGUGACGCCCCGCCAGGUGGUCGUCUCCCGGCAAAUUAAGAAGUUUCUCACUGGCGAUCUAGAAUCGGAUGUUAUAUCGUAUCCAUGUUUUCCGGGAAAAGAAAAGCAUUAUCUGCGCGCCUUGAUCGGCCGCAUUACUGCUGGUACUUACAUCGCCCCCAUAGGCUAUUACAGGCGUAUGACUAAAAAGGAGAAGCGUAUGUUUGAGGGCAAUGAUCUCGAUGAAGGCGAAGAAGAGGAGGAGGAGGAAGAAGAUGAAAGCGUAAACGAAGGCGAAGACGACCAGAUUGAAGAUAACGACGUUAUGCUUCUAAAAAAUGAAAAAUAUGAAACUGAACCGCUGGGAUCCUUGUCCACUCCAGUGGCAUGGGUCCACGUCCGAUCGAAUAUACUAAACCAAGGCCGCGUCGUAUGGUUUGAUGAGGAAAAAGCCCAAAAAGAACGCGAGAAGGCCCUAGCUCUCUACCUGAAAAUGCGACUUUUAGAAGAAAUGGAAGAGGAGGUGGAGGAGGAAGAAGAGGUCGAGGAUGAGGAAGAAGGCGAAGAAGAAGGCAUGAUUGACGGUUUUAAUCAACCGGAAACAGGACCCAGUAUUUUGUCCUCGUGCGCCAACGACAUGAGCCCGGAAGUUGCAGUGCCGUGGCUGAUACGCCAAACCAGCAAGUACACCAAUCAGAAGGAACGUGUCCUCAUCAUGCAAUCGAAUGUGUGGCCAGGUGCUCACACAUUCAUAUUUGAACACAUUUGCGAAUCUAUAUAUCUGGGCUGGGGGCAUAAGUAUUAUGCGCGCAACAUGCCGUUCAAUCACUUACCCAUGGUGCAGGAAGAGUAUACCCAUGGGGCAGAAGACUUCAUCGAGGCCAGUGAUCCGACUGUUGAAGAGGAGGCUGCCUAUCGCGAAUGGCUCCUCAGCAAGCAAAAGAAGCCUGCUUCUCUUGGGGAAGCAAUCGAAGAAUAUGACGAUGAAGACGAGGACGAUUCCGCUGAACACUCUGAAGAUGAUUAGUACGUAGCCCACCGAGGCGAAAUUAUGUUAAAUUCAAUGUUUCUUGUUUAUUAUGUAUUGAAAUAAAAUGUAUUGUGAUUACAA